AUGUCUGCCGAAGCUAUGGUCUUCUUGUUCGGCGUCAUCAUCGGCGCCGCCUUACUCUUCGUCAAGGUCUUUUUUGUCAUCUUGAUUAGUGAUCUCGAGGUCGAUUAUAUCAACCCUAUUGAGCUCUGUAACAAGUUAAACCAGUUUGUGUUGCCAGAGAUGUUUGUGCAUGCAUUCUUGUCGUUCGUCUUCCUGAUCAGUGGACAGUGGAUUGCCACCGCCUGGAACUUGCCCCUUGUCGCCUACAAUGCCAACAAGGUCAUGAACGGAAAGCACAUGUUUGACGCCACAGAGAUCUUCCGUACCUUGGGUCAACACAAGAAGGAGUGCUUCAUCAAGCUUGGAUUCUACCUCCUCAGCUUCUUCUACUACCUCUACCGCAUGAUCUUGGCUUUGGUCAACGACUCCUAA